CAGCAUGGCUUGAUGAGUGGUGCCAGGUCUGUGCCCAGGAUUCACCUGGGCCACCAAUGUGGAUCAUGCAAGCUUAACCUCUAUGCCACUGGGCUGGCCCCAACACUGUCAUUAUUUUAACUUAAAGCAUGUAUGCUUGCAUAUGGCAAUACAUUUAUUUACAUAUUAAUUGCUAACAUUUUUGAGCAUUUACUAUGUGACGGAAACAGUUCUAAGUGUUCAUAAAUUAAUCCUCACAACAACUUGUGAGGUAGGUACUGUCAUUAUCCCCACUUUAUAGAUGAGGAAACUGAAGUGCAUAGAAGUAGGGAGCAGAGCUGGGAUUCAAACCCACCUAGUCUGAGGCAUAGUCCAACCCACAGACUCUAGUCUCUGCUCCUAAUCCCUGUUUCUCAAAUCAUGGUCCAUUCAGGAUGAUGACAUUUAGAACUCUGGUACUGAGUCAGCUCUUCUUCCUGUGUAUAUGCUGAGGCUGCUUUCUUACAGUAGAAAUUGUUCCUGCUACAUAUCUCCCUUGUCUUUCAAUUGCCAGAGUACUUGAAAGAAUUGAGAUAGGUAAUAUUUAUAUAUUUCAUUAUGGUUUACAAUAUGCCUUCAUCUGUCUUCUCUGAUUUGUUCCUCUUAACCUUGUAGGGAUGGAGCAGGUAUCAUCAUCCUUUUUAAUUUACGGAUAAGGACACGAGGGUGGAUCUACGUUGAGUCACGUAUCCCAGUCACAUAGCUAGUAAAUGGCAGGCUGGAACCCUACCCUCUUGAUUCUCGAUUUUUCAUCUUCAGUACACAGUAUUUGUUGCCUACACUUACUCUUCCAUUCUCUCACUUCUUGUAAUGUUUUCUACUCCCAAAUCACUCUACUAAAACUCCUACAAAUUAUCCAACCCUGAGACCAUUUUUAGUAAUUUAUUUAUUUCAGCUUCUCUAUUGACCAUUUCCUUCCUCCUUGAAGUUCUCUCUUCUCUUGACUUCUGACCCUAGGUUAUCCUCAAGCUCCUUUUACUCUCUGACGUUUCCUCUUGGUCUUCUUCCCUCCACUCCUCCUUUGGUUCUCUCAACAUGUCUUCCCCAAGGCCGCCUUCUGAGCCACCUGGUUUUCUGCACCUGCUCUCUCAGUAACGAUCGACUUCUACAGCUUCAACACUCAAUUUUAUGAAGAUGACCCCCCAUUCUCUAUCUCUGGUUCUAAUAUUCUGUACUCCCAGCUUGUGUUCCCAGACGCUACACGCCUCACCAGCACUUCCGCUCUAACAUAUCCAAAACCAGACAUGAUCUUCCCCCCCCAAAAUACAUCUCCCUCCUAUGUGGCUGCUUCUGCCGCUGCAUGGGACCCCUUGACAUAACUCGGUGCUCUUGGGUCACCUUUAUCUCCUUCAUGGUCGGCAUCCCAGUUCAGUGUCAGCAUAGUGCUGUCACCUCUGUCCUGUCUGUUCCUUCCCCUACUUCCUCCACCUUAGACUAGACCCUCAAAGCUGCUCUCCUGGACUGAACGAAGCAGCUUCAUUGAAGGAAAUUUAUCCAUUACUUGAAAGUUAUCUGCUAGUGGAGAGAUUGCAGCCUCCUGUUGCUAAGGGACACAUGACUGCAAUUGAAAUGGCUGUCUCUGGACCUGAGGCUACUUUGUUCUUCUGGUGAAAAUUCUUCUGGUCAAGGAGAGUGACUUUGGGGAUUAGUUCCGGCCUCGAGAGCGCACAGUCAGCAUCCUUCACCCACAUGCUUCAGUUUUUCAAGACGCAGGCCUCGCCCACUCCUCCAUCCUACACAGACGGAGCUCCGACUGUCCCCAAGGCCUCUUCCCGGGCAGCAGGCACACAGCCACCAGGCAGGCUUGAGGGUGCCCAAAUCAGCUGAUGACGAGCAUCCCUUCUCUCAGAGGGCUUUUACCCAGUUGGAGAAAGAAGACCUCCAUUUACGCUGAUGAAAAAUUAGAGAGCUCCGCCAGGCGACGUCAGAAGCAAACGCGAAAUCUGUGAUUGGUCUUAGUAGGGUUGUAGGCUUGUUCUGCCUAUUUACAAACAAAUCAGUAAACUUCAUCUGGUUCAAGUUUGUAGCAGAAAACCGGAUGAAAACCGCGGCUUCGGGACAGUCGAUUGAUGAUGAUCCAGAAUUUUUUAGUUCACCGGAUAGAGAAACAAACCAACACAUUCGUAUCAUCUAUUCUUCAAGUGUUUUGAAAAAAGAGUGUGAAAAAUCAAAAGGGGUCAGGAAAUUCUUAUUUCCAUUUCAUCAUGCCAAUUCUAACGACAAAAAAGUCAAAGAAGAGAAGAAUGGCCCCGUCUUUUGGAGAGGCAGAGCGCCUGCAAGUUUGAAUGAAGCCCCUCACAGGUACCGCCAGGAGAGCAGCACAUUGUCCAGGGACUCACUCCUCUGUCCUCCUUCAGACCUCAAGAAGCCGUCCCUUCACGGCCAGCGGGCUUUGCGACCUUUACCCAUCCCCUCCAGAAGGAGCCGUCAAUUAACGUCAGCCGCUGGCAAGGCUGUCAGCGUGCCGUCUUGUACAGCAAACACAAAAGAACCCCAGGGACUUCGAGAUCACGGAGACUCUCUAAGUGAGAUCCCCUUCCAGUGCGAUGGGAACGGACACGAGUCUCACUUAGGCAAUUCCUCCCUGGCCUCCCCUUUCCAGAGCAACCCAAACCUGGAGAAGAAAGAGUCAGAACUUCAUUUGUACAUUAUUUCCACAGCCUCAUCCAUAUUUCUGCACUUAAAAAGUUCAUGGAACAAUUAUAUUAUAAAAGCCACUCUUUUACAAGACCCCCUCUCCGUCAGUGAGCUCCGCCCUGCUGCGGGCAGUCAGAAGCCGUACAGAUCUGAGGAGAAAAUUAAGCACUUCAGUCAACUUAAAUCUGAACUCUUUCUUAAAGACAAUACUUUGAGGAAGAUGCUCUGUCUAAUUACGCAACUUAAAUUAGCAGCCCAGAAAAACUUCAUUCUGAAAAGGCUUUUCUGGAAAACCAGUGACCUUUUCUAUUUCCUAGUGAGCAAACUUCAUGAGUACCUGCCAGAGUCUAGGGAUAAGAAUGCGCUUCAAAAUAAAAGCCGAAGGGCUGAUGAACUGGUGGCAUGCAUUGAAAUUGUACAGACUCUGGGACUGAUGUUCAGAGAAACAGAAACUGAGUCAUCGCGCCUGAACACGUUGGCAGCUAAGGAGGGAACACUAUUUAAUCUCUUGGUGAUUUUAAUUAGUGAGCCUCAGAUUCCAAAAUCUUGUCCUGUGUUUGAUAUCCAGUUGGUGGCCGAUUCAACUUUAGCUGAGAUGUCUUUUGAUGCUGAGUUGCAGAAGCUCAUCCUGGAGUACACAGACACGGCUACAGCACUUUUAUACGAGAUACUUCUUGUCUUUCAGCAGGGAAAUCUUGGAUUGGGAUCCACAAAGUUUGCUGUGAGCUGGCUGAUGUCCUUCCUGCAAAGUCGUGCUCCCAUAAUGACUUUCGUGGCCAGUGUUGUGAAACAAGUGGUGAAGGGGCUUUCCGCUUCGCUCCCGCUGCUGAGUCCUGGCCAGGCAGUUCUGUUGUACCAGCAGCUCUGCAUCCUCAGGAGCUGCCUGCAGUACAGCAAGACUUUAGCCGAGUAUAUUAGGAAUGACUACAGAGAAGAAUUCCGGUACUUUAUUCACAUGCCAGCCUUGGAAAAAAAGCUUCCGCUGCGUUACCCUAUUGCCCAACCUACUACCCAAGUUUUCCAUGAAGUUCUCAAAUUGGUUGAACAGAAACCAUGUGUGAGAUGUGAAUAAGAGUGUACAAUGUGAAUCAGGAAUCGACUGAAUAUUUAUGGGAAACAUUUUUGGGUUUAUUUAGUAUCUGACUAUCCUUGUGUCCUAUAAACAAAGAUUUUAUUUGAGCAUUCCAUGACUACCUCUCUAAGAGGAGUCUUUAAGGUUUUUUAUCUGCCACAAAAAAAGAAAUUUUAAAUACACUGACAUAUAUAAAGCGGUGCUAAACGCUAGUGUUUCUCUAAAAAAAUAAGCUUCUAAAGACAUAAAAAACUAUAAAGGGAACAGAAACCCAUGGAGAGCAAUAAAUUACAGAGUGAUCGUUAGAGAAAUGCUGAGCAAUAGGAUGCAAUCCUCCUUCUCCACCUGUAAAAAUCCUGGUGACGUCAGAAUGCAUGGAAGAAUGAGCAGAAGGACACAGGCAUGGCUAUCGGGAAAGCCAGUUCCUUGUUUAUCAUGUGGAGAGAAGCUUGGACUUUCUCCAACAAAAUUAAAUGCCUUCUGCCACUCUGUUUCAGGCACCUGUGGGCCAAUGUGAGCCAUCUCGUAGAGUCUCUGUGAAAGAGAAAUUGUCUGUAAGCAGUUAUGGCUCUCCCAAACAUUCAACAAAAUGACUUCACUGUAUCUUAGGGCAAUAAACCAAUUUAAUCCAAGCAAACGUUAGCUUUGGCAUCACUGUGAGCUAUCGAAUUUGGGCUUCUAAGAACUUAGGACCUGGGCCCUCCAUUCAGCUUUAUCAUGACUUGAGAGGGGAUCAGAGAAAAAUCUACCUCCAAAGAAAGAGCUCCCCAGCCAGACCUGCCUGUGCGGGGCAGUGGAGAGAGGCUCUGGCUGAGCCACUAACCAGCUACUCGACCUCGAACAAGUCAGGUCUCCUUUCUGGGCCUCCUCUGCUAUGCGGAAGGGUGGGACUGGAUGGUCUCCAGGUUCUCCUCCAGCUCUAACAUGCCCUGUGACGCGACACUUGUUAACGCGCUCUUGCGGGGUACCGCAUUCCUCUGCCGUCCUGCUCAGUGGAUGAUUUCACUUGAUUCCAAAGAAUCCUGCUUUCUUUGGACCAAACAUUUCCCUCUCAGCUGUCACCAACAUCACCCCACAAAGUGUCCAAGCUUUCCCCACAGGACUACAAGGCUUCUACCCUCCAAUCUGGGGGCAGAGAUGGCGGCAAAAUGGUGUUGAUGAGUGUCCUGGGCAGUUGGAUGAGGGAUUAUUCCCAAGAGAUGGUCAAUCAGAAGAAAAGGAAAAGAUUCUUGGACGAAGGCAAGCAACACUUCGACAUGGACGAAUGAUGGACAGUGGGCUGACUACUAGUGAACAGUGGGACCCACACAAUGACGAAGAGAGGAUCAGCUCAGCUCUGCAUCAGCUUCUGAGCAGUGCCUGGCUCAGAGCCUGGAGACGGCUUGGGGUUUCUCUCCCACAUGCUUUCUUGUCCACAUUGCCUCUUCUCUCCCACUGUUCUCUUCACUCUGAGAGCAGACUUUAUCUAAUUUUCGGGAACAAAACCUCUGUCAGAACCUACCUGAGUCUUUCCAUGUAGGGCUAAGUCAGUAGCUUUUUUGAAAGCUGGUCAUUAAAUAUUUGUUAUCUCGACUUUCUUAUGACACAUGUCUAUUCAUUUGCACAGUCUGGCGGGGACAGAAAUUAAGACUUUGAGGAGUUGUCCUGCCACAAUUCUUUCCUACUGUGUUUUUCUGCGUUGUUGCCAAAGCCAAGAAAAUCACUAAAUAAUCCAUCUCAAUAAAUGACCACGCGCAUUUGAUUGACUAAA